GCCGCCGAUACCCAUGCUCGCCUCUCCCCAUUGCUCUUUCGUCUUUCCUUGUCUGUCUUUUCCUGUGUAACCAUGUGCGGGGAAUGGGCGUCGAGACGAGCCAAGGCCCCAGAUGGGGACGGAUCGGUAAUUACUUGGAUUCAAGCCAUACCUAUCAGCGUAACCGAGCUCCUCGAGCCGCAAGCGACGCCCCCACCCGUCCAUAUGGACAGGUUGAAAAGCAGAUGGGUCGUCCUCAGGGAGAGCCCAUAGCCUGCACCGUCCCUCGCCAUGUUCAAGUCGGCUCUUCUGUGCGCCCUCUGCGCCCUCUGCGCCCUCCUAUACGCCACUCCCGCCCUCUCCCAGUUCACCAACCUCCCGGACGUCGAACCGGGCGUCUUCAACGUGAGCACGCGCAUCGAAAUCUACAACACGACGCUAGAUGCCGCCUGGGACGCCCUCACAGACUUUGCCAACUACCCCGUCUGGAACCCCUUUGUUCGCUAUGCCGUCGUCACCUCUCCCCUGAACAUGACGCUGCCCGAACAGCGCCCCGCCGAGGGCAAGAAGGCCUAUUUCCGCGUCCAGAUCCCCUCGCUGCCCCUGCCUGUCAACGAGGACACGCCCGACAAUCUGCUGCACACGCAGUCCUCGUACGAACUCAUCACUGCUGUGCAGCGCGACCUGGGCAGGCUGGCCUGGAAGUACUAUCCGCCUUCGCCCGCCCUCAACGCCGAGCGCUGGCAGUCCAUCACCGACUUGGGCAACGGAACCGUGCUGUACGAGAGCAGGGAGGUCUUUGGCGGCACCCUGGCCCAUGUGGUCAAGGCCACGCUGGAGGAUGGCUUGGAAGAAUCGUUCAAAGGCCAGGGAGAGGGACUGAAGCUCUAUCUCGAAAGCCAGUAAGCUUUGGCUGCACGACGUCACGUGCCUUGAUAUUGGAAACAUCAAACCUGCUCAGCACAUGUAUAUUGAAUUCCGACUGUAAUUAUAUAAUGAUCCAAUUGUGUUGACAGCAUCCACGCACUGUCCA